UCUUGUCUGGAUUGGAUGCUACCCAACUUAUAAAGGAACUGACUGGUGUUUAGUCAAGGCUACCAAGCUCUUCCACGCUUAUAUUGAUUGCUCUUCGACAUUUCCGUCCAUCGUCCUUCUCUGCACUCAAAUCUCUUUGCCUUCUUCGUCUCUCAUCGUUCUUGCUCUGUCUCGCCCUUUCUUCUCCUCAGCACAACCUUUCUUCCUUCUCCUCUUCUUCUCCUCCUUCAAUAUCUGCUUCUCUUUUUCAUCGUUCUCUUUAUCUGUCUCUCUGUUUUCUCGCUCUUUAUUUCUCGGACAAAAAAUCAAAGAAAAAUGUCGACCGAUUCUGCCGUUUCAAUUGCAUGGGACGUUUUGAAGUGCUUAGUUGCUCCCCUCAGGCGUGGAUUCAGAUACGUCACGUCCUCCGAGAGCUACGCCAACAAUCUUCUGAUGGAAGUCGGGAAUCUGAAGUACGAGGCUCAGAGGGUCCGCAGUGCCGCCGAAGUGGCUAGAGAUAAUCUUCAGAAUAUCCACGAAUGGGUCCCAAAGUUUCUGGCAAGUGCCGAGGAGGCCUUGAAGGAGGCCGAAGACCUAUUGGAAAAUUUUGAAAAGGCGAGCAAGACUUGCUGCCACGGGACUCUUCCCGACCCCAAUUGUCGCUAUCAGUUCAGCAGGAAGGCCAAGCACAAGAUCGAUGACAUUAAGAAUCUCAUUCUAGAAAACAGUAAUAGGGAGAUCUCCUUCAGCGGUCCUGCUCCUGGUGAUGUCGCUGCUCUAAUUCCAGCUGGAAGAGAAGGCAAAGAUGUCGUCCAGUCGACCACCACAGCGGCCUCAGCUUCUUCUGUCGACUUCGAAUCCAGAGCUUUGAUGAUACUGAACAUCAUGGACGCUCUUAUGGAUAACCGCUAUAGCGUGGUCGGGGUUCACGGGAUGGGCGGGGUCGGCAAGUCCACCCUUUUGGUGGAUGCUGAGAAGAGAAUAAGGGAAAAAAAUUCGUUCGAUUGGGUUGCUAAGGCUGACGUGUCGCAAAAUCCAGAUGUCAAGAAGAUUCAAGAAGAGAUUGCGCACUGGUUGGGCCUUAGCGACAUAAAGAAGGAAGAGAAUGUCAGUUUGCGAGCGAAGCUUCUGCGCGAGAGGUUGGAAGAUUUGGAGAGGAAGAAAAACAAGGUCCUCAUAAUAUUGGACAAUCUGUGGGAGCGGCUCGACUUGAAAGACAUCGGCAUUCCUUGUGAACUGGACAACAAAGUUAUAGGAUGUAAGCUGUUGUUAACGGCGAGAGAUGAACGUGUUUUGCGAAGGGAAAUGCGCUGUGACAAUGCCUUCCUCCUCGGUGUACUGGAAGACGAAGAGGCAAAAAGAUUGUUUGAGACGAUGGUAGGAGGUAAAGUUCAAGUUGAAUUAGAAUCCUUGGUGGAGGAAGCACUCCACAUAUGUGCAGGUUUGCCUUUCCUAAUUCUCGCAAUAUCAAAACUUUUUAUAGACACUAAUUACUCUGAUUGUAAGGAUGCUUUGAAACAAAUCUGGAACGAAGAAACCGGUGAGGUGAUAAAUAAGACGUUGCGAGUGAGUUACGAUCGUAUAAAAUGCGAGGAGGCAAAGACAUUGUUACAACUCUGUGCUGUUUAUGGUGUCUCUAAGCCCUCUCUUGAAAACUUGGUGAGGUACAGUGUGGGUUUGGGGCUAUUUAGAAAAAAUAGCAGCAUGGAAGACACUAGAAAUAGAUUGAGCUCACUUAUCCAUACUCUUCAAGCCUCCUCCUUGUUGUUACACAACGGAGAAAAUGAUAGUUUCAAGAUACAUGACUUGGUUCGUGGGUUUGUUACCUCGGUUACUUCAGGAGAUCACUUUCUUCUUGUUUUGAAAGAUAAAGAUAAGUCAGUAAUAGAGUUGUCAAAGAAUAAGCUCAAAAGUUGUAAGGCCAUAUGCUUUUCCUACAUUGAUUUGAAGGAGCUUCCCCAAGAAUUAGAUUGCCCCAAAUUGCAAAUCUUUAUGUUGUUCACAAACAAUAAAUCUCUUGAGGUCCCAGAUUCAUAUUUCAACUCUAUGAGAAAUCUCAAGGUCUUAGAUCUUAGUGGGGUACGUCUCAGUCGUUCACCUUCGUUGUUUCAAUUCUUGACGAACUUACACACUCUGUGUCUUGAUCAUUCUUCGUUAGAGGAUGUGACCAUUCUUGGUGAGCUAAAAAGGUUACAAAUUCUCAGCCUUAUGAACUCCAAAAUUCGGCGAUUGUCAAAAGAAAUGGGGCAAUUGGUAGAGCUAAGGUUAUUGGACUUGAAUUAUUGUUCAAAUCUUCAGAUAAUUGAACCAGGUGUGCUUGGAAGCUUAAUCAAAUUGGAGGAGUUGUACAUGAAUAAAUUUAAACAAUGGAAUGCUGUGACCCAAACUCUACCAACUAAUGCUAGUCUUAUUGAGUUGAAUAACAUGAAGAAACUCUGGACUUUGCAUGUGUCCAUUCUCGAUCCAAGUGUGAUCCCAGAGGAUCUAAAUGUCAAGAAAUUAACCAAGUAUGAAAUUCAUAUAGGUGAAGGAUGGCAUUGGUCUGGUCGCAAAGGAUUGAGCACAUUGAUGCUCCAGUGGGAUCCAAUAAGCGAUAUUUUUCAAAAAGGAUGCAUACAAAGAAUUUUAGGCAAAACUGACAAUAUGAUAUUGGAUAGUUUGAACGGAAUUGAGCAAAGUAUUUGCACAUUAUCCCAAAAAGGUUUUCCAAAAUUAAAGCAUCUAUGUGUCGAGAAUAGUCCCUCAAUUCAUUACAUCCUCCAAUCGUCAUCCCAUAUAGAUUUUAUGACGUUGGAGUCAUUACUUCUCAAGAAUCUCAUCAACUUGGAGAAGAUAUGGACCUCCAAUAUCUCCUCCAAGUCCUUCAGCGCAUUAAAAGUAGUACGAGUCAAGUAUUGUCACAACAUGGAAGUACUAUUUCCUCUUUCAUCAGUGAGGGAACUUCCACAGCUAAAAGUGAUGGAAGUUGGCAAUUGCAAGAUAAUACGGGGAAUCGUAGAAGCUGAUGAGAGUGGCAAAUUUGGGUUGCAUGAUUUGCAUGUAUUGAAAUUGCAUUCCUUGCCACAUAUCAUGAACUUUUUCACUGCCAAGCUUGUUCCUUUGAGUAGUAGAUCAGACAGCCCAGUUGGCACUCAAAUUGCGUUCUUCAAUGGACAACAGGAUGCCUUUCAGAGAUUGGAGACAUUAGAAAUCAUUGGCUUGGAUAACCUCAGGUUUAUAUUUUUCCCAUCCAUGGUUAAAUCUCUCACACAACUGAAAAAACUGACUGUAUCGAAUUGUGGGAAGACGGAGGCAAUCAUUAUGGAGGAAGAAGGGUUGGGAAUGGAAACAUCAGACAUUGUGACAUUCCCCAUGUUAACCCAUUUACACUUAGAACGUUUGAAAAGUUUGACAUGCUUCUCUUGUGGAAAGUGUGCACGAGAAAGUCGAAGUCAAGAUCACAUCAGAUCACGCACCACUGCACUCUUCAAUCAAGAGGUUGCUUUUCCUAACUUGGAGACCUUAUAUAUCGAUGGCAUGGAUAACAUCGAGAUUAUAUGGGACAACCAAGCUAUCGUAGAUUCUUUCCCCAAGUUAAAUGUGUCCCGUAUAGCUGGAAAUUUUGUGGCACUCAUAAAAUUGAGGAUAAGUAAUUGUAAAAUGUUGACAAAAGUCAUUAGUGAUGAGGGAAGUGAGGAGGGGCAUGUAAUGGUUUUCAAUCAUUUGGAGCAUAUGAAGCUUGAUGGGUUGAGAAGGUUGAGAUGUUUCAGCUCAGGUGAAUACACUUUGAUGUUCUCUCUCUUGAAAGAUGUCAUUGUGAGUGGAUGUCCCAACAUGAAGUUUUUCUCUAAGGGACUAAUACAGGCGUCAAAUCUAGAGAGAGUAAAAGUAUCGGAAAAAGCAUGGUUUUGGGAAGAAAACCUUAACAUCACCAUCCAACAUAUGUUUAAAGAAAUGGGUAAGAGUGUUGGAGCAAAGUUUAUGCAGCUAUCCGAGUUCCCUGAGCUAAUUGGAAAAUGGCAUAGCGAACUUAAUCCCAUCAAGUCAUCUUGGCAAUUAGAAUUGCUGAUGGUAGAUAAGUGUCCAUCAUUUUCUAAUGUUAUUCCAUCUAGAUUGAUGCUUGUUUUAGAAAAUAUGUGCACAUUGCAAGUGCACGAUUGCAAGUCACUAGAAGAAAUAUUCGAUCUGGAAGGGCUAGAGGCUAUGGAAAGCACACAGGUGCUGCCUUCCUUUAGGACAUUGAGCUUGGUCAAUCUACCAAAGUUGAGGCAACUAUGGAACAAAGAUCUUCAAGAAUCCUUGCCCUACAAUUUUCUAUCUUAUAUAACUCUUUAUAAAUGCAAUGGCUUGAGACACACUUUUGUUCCAUCAAUGGCUCGGUGCCUUGCCAAUCUUGAACAAAUGGAAAUAAUGGAGUGUGGUCAGAUGGAAGGAGUGAUCGCAGAGGAAGAAGGGCAAGGAAGCGCAAUGAAGAAAAUUACAUUCCCGAAUCUUUAUUUGGUGAAGUUGGAAUGCUUGCCCAAUUUGACUUGUUUCCUCUCGGGGAACAAUCAUACGUUGGAAUGCCCUGUCUUAGAUGAGUUGACCAUUGCCCACUGCCCCAAGAUGAGAAGUUUGAUGGGGCAAUCCUUGAUGAAGAUUGAGUGCGAUGCCCCUUAUCUUUUUACUCCACAGUUACAAUUCCCUCAACUGAAGUGGAUGAUUCUCUCCCACAUGGACAAUUUAAGCAAAAUAUGGCCUGACAACCCUCAAGAAACUCUGACUUUUGACUAUUUAUGGGAAGUGGAGGUUCAUAACUGUAAGAGUCUUGCAAAUUUGUUUCCGCAUUGGGUGGCAACAAGUUUAAUCCAACUUAGGAAACUUCGAGUGGAGUCUUGUAGGAUUGAGGAAAUAGUUGUUGGUGGAGAUGACACUCCACACUCCAACACUGCUCAAGUUCUUUUCCCGAAACUAACCUCUCUAGUGUUACAUGAUAUGCCACAACUCCAGAGCUUCUAUGUUAACUUGCCCACUUUAAAUUGGCCAUUCUUAAAUGAAUUACGAGUGACUCACUGUGACACACGAAACAUGUUAUCCUUUGCGGCAUGCAUGAACAGUUGGGCUCAAAGAGAUGAUCAACAGGACCUUUCAAACCAAGAAGAACACUCUUCUUUUGAGAGGGACUUUCCCAAAUUACAAAGACUUUUAUUAGUGGAUAACAACAUUCAAAUGAUACAAGAUGGAAAUUUUCCAGAUGAAAUCUUUGGCAAGCCAAAAGCACUAAUAUUGGCAUGCUUUCAUGAUGAAAAGGCAGUCUUUCCUCCCAAAUUGCUCCUAGAGAGAUUUCAGAAUCUACAAAGUCUUGAGGUCUUCUGUAGUUCCUUUGAAGAUAUAUUCCCCAAUGAAGUGCUUGUUGACGAGGGAAAACAUCCAGUUCUUGAAAAUUUAAGAGAACUUAAGUUAAACAAGCUACACAACCUAAAGAAUGUAUGGAGAGAAGACUCUUUAUUAUUGAAAAUUCUUCAGAGCAUCGAAAUAUUGGAGGUAUGGGAUUGUCCUUGUUUGACAACGAUAUUUCCAACCGCGACAUCCUUCCAUAAUCUAACGGAGUUAGUGGUGAAGAAUUCCUCUGGAUUGAUACAUCUAGUAAUAGCUUCAACGGUCACAAAUUUGAUGCAUCUCACUAACAUGACUAUAAUAGGAUGUGAAAGAAUGAAAGAAGUAGUGGCCAACGAUGGAAAUGGAGAAGGAAAAGUGAUUUCGUUUGAGAAGCUAACAUGGUUGACACUCCAACAUCUGCCAAACUUAGAAUGCUUCUCCUCCAUCUCGAGUUGUAUCUUUAGGUUCCCAUCAUUGUCUAGUAUUAUAGUAGAAGAGUGCCCGAAAAUGAAGACCUUUGCUAAAGGCACACUAAGCACACCAGAACUGUAUGAUGUGUCACUGUUCAAAUACAAGUUAAGAGGGAAUUGGGGGGAGGGUGAUGAUCUCAAUACAACCAUAUGGAAGUUAUCAGCAUAAACAAAUGCACAUUGAAUUGCAGGAAGCAAAGCAGGGCUCCUUCUCCUUCUUGACACCGGAGGCAUCAAAUGAAGUGUCGGGAAUGCCAGGACUGAGAGAAGCGAAGCUGCUGCACUUAGUGGAGCGGAGCAAGUAGGGAGAGAGAGAGAGAGAGAGAGAUUCAACCAGAUGGAGUGUUAUCUCGUCACCAUCCCUGGAGAGAAGAUCGUACUCUCUUUCUCUCUCUCUCCAACCUUGAACCCGACAAACUCCUAGUCAAACUAAUGAAGUGUACUUAAACGGCCUCUUCACAGAACCGUCCCUCUCGCUGCUUCGCUCGCCAUCCUCUUGUGGUCAAAUCCAGCUAAAGCCGGAUUUCUCUCUGGAUUCCCUGGAAUAGAGUCUGCCCCUGGCCCUCAAUUGCCUCAGAUUGAGGCAUCCUGAGCUGGUUUAUUAUGGUCCCAUGUGCCCAAGGCCUCUCACUACCCUUACAUCGGCCAACACAUUUCAAAUGAAGCAUCCCUUUUUCAAAGGCAACAUAUUCACGAAAACGAGUAAGUUGCGACUCUCAGGUAUUCAAAUAGGCUAUGGACAGUGAAGCUCAGGAGCCGUGGACGUGACCAAGGGGCAUUUUUUUUUCUACUGGUUGGCCCACAUUUGCAAGAGAAAUUCGUCUGCAUGUCGAAAUGUUUGUGUGUUUGAGCUCAUUGAUAGGGAGGAUAUUGUGUUCAGAGUCUACAUUUCCACUAGUGCUGGUAAGGACUUGAUUUACUUGAUAAAGAUUAGCUCUAAAAGUUUUGCUUUGGCUGGUCCAAAAUAAAUGUUGUACUUCUAAUAAUAUCUCCUUUAUUUUGUCUUGAUGAAUCAAUGAAGUGUACUUAUAUUCCGAUUGGGUUUGUGAGGUUCAUAAUAAUCUAAAUGCACACUCGUU